AUGAGGCUGAAUCGCAACAUUGAUCUAAUGCAUCAGAAAUUUAUAUUAGAUUGUGCAAGUGCAAACAUAGGUCCUACGUUGACUUUUAAGUUGCUGAAUGAGGUUCUUGGUGGGCUGGAUUAUGUUGGGUGUACGGUUGUAGAAGUUCGAAACUAUAGGCGCGACUUGAGAGCAUUUACUCGUGGGGCAGAUGCACAGAUGAUACUUAAUGAAAUGAGCCGAAAGAAGGAGAAUUGUCCGGCAUUCACUUAUGAUUUUGAGGUGAACUCCAAAGAUAGGCUCACUCGUCUUUUCUGGUGUGAUCCCAUUGCUAAGAAGAAUUUCCAUCUCUACGGUGAUAUAAUAUCGUUUGACACAACCUAUUCAACUAACAGGUACUGCAUGAUAUUUGCACCGUUCACAGGAAAAGACAACCAUGGAAGACCUGUAACAUUUGGUGCAGGCUUAUUAUCUAAGGAAAAUGCCGAUUCUUUCUCAUGGUUGUUUGAACGUUUUGUCAAAUGCAUGGGUUCUGCACCAAAAUUGAUCAUUACUGAUCAGGAUUUGGGAAUGAAGGUUGCUGUGGAAAGAGUCCUUGUUGAUACAAGACAUCGAUGGUGCAUGUGGCACAUCAUGUUUAAAGUUGUGGAAAAGUUACCAAAGAGUCAACUUGGCAAUGAAGAUUUGAAAAAGGAGUUAAAUAGUUGUGUUUGGUCUGAGUUGAUAGAGCCUGAAGAAUUUGAAGAAUCCUGGAAUAAUGUAAUGGAAAAAUAUGGGCUUAAGGACAAUGAGUGGUUUACCUCUAUGUUUGACUCACGAAAAUAUUGGGUUCCUGCAUAUUUUAGGGAUUUUCCAAUGAGUUCACUGAUAAAGACCACAUCUAUAUCUGAAUCUCAGAACAUAUUCUUCAAGAGGUACUCCAAGUCUCGAUCUAAUCUUGUUGAAUUUCUUAUGUAUUACAACAAUGCAUUGGAUGGUCAAAGGAGCAACAAUAAUAGGCUUGAAUACUUGGAUUUUAACACAAUUCCAACUUUGAAAACAAAUUCGGCUCUUGAGAAGCAUGCAUCAACAAUUUAUAGUGACAGUGGUUUCAAACUAAUUCAGAGUGAGAUUGAGGAAGCAGUCGAUAAUGUCACCAUGGUGACAGUGUCAACCGUUGGUGAGAAUGAGAUUUAUGUGUUGAAUGAUAAGUUCUCAAAGAACUGGACAGUUUCAUACUCAAUUUCUUGUGAUUCAUAUGCAUGUGGUUGUAAGAUGUUUGAGAGGCUUGGGCUCGUUUGCAGUCACAUAUUUUGGAUCUUGAGAAACAAAAAAUUGAAGUUAGUCCCUGAUGAGUUACAUGGAGGACGCUGGUUGAAGUCUAAAUUUGUCAAGCCUGUGCAUUUUGGUUUUGAUGAUAAUAUUGAGUCAUUUAUUGCUGUGGAUGAGACGAAGCAGGAAUACAGGGAUAUGCAUGCAGAUUUUUAUGAUAUCGCACGGCUUAUAGAGGGAGAUGGUGAUAAAAUUCGUGCAUUUAGACAUAUUAUGGCUGAAGGGAAAAAAGAAGUACUUGGUGAGGGAAAUGUAUUGUCUAUAAGUGAAAAGAGACAGAUGAUUGAGAAUUUUUAUGGCUCAGAAGUCCCUAGUGAAAUAGAAGUUCAUCCACCUGAUGUUGUCAGCACCAAGGGUUCUGGUCGACGUCUUUCACGACUUGAGAAAGAAAUAAGAGAGUUGUCGAAGCCUGGAAGGAAAUGUGGAAAAUGUGGCGAGAUUGGUCAGCAUGAUUCAAGGAAUUGUGACAAGAUACAGGAGUUGAAGAAGAAGAAAAAGAGGAAACAACAAUGUUGA